CGUGCCGUGGUCCGUCCAUGGUCAGUCUCGGAAGAGAACCUGUAUUUUGCACGUACUUGUUGAUUGGUACACGUGAGCACCCUAAGGACCAUUGGGCCUUUUGUAUUCUGAUUAUACUGGUGCAGGUCCGACGGCACAUUCUCAUAUCACUGGCCAAGAGUUGUGGACUUAUCUACAAUCAUGUCGUCUUCCAUUCAAACUAUUUGCUUGUUGCUGCUUGGACUUCUUGAGUGUUCUACUGCUGCAGGUUGGCAUUAUGGUUCCCAUGACAGCAGUUCCGACCCUCCAGGAUGGGCCACAUUGCCCAACUCGGUAUGUGGAGGACAAUUUCAGUCCCCAAUAAACGUCCCCUCCGUAACGAAACAGGAUUAUAGCAUCAUCAGUAACUUCCGGUUACAGGGAUUCAGUGACGUCAGCAAAUACACAACCACCAUGAAAAACAACGGCCACACAUUGCAAGUGGAUGUUGUCUCCGGUGACUUAACUGUGGCGGGAGGAGGACUGCCGGGAAAUACCUAUAAAACAGCUCAGCUUCACUUCCACUGGGGACACGACAACUCGGACGGCUCAGAACAUAACUAUGACGGACGACCCUAUCCUAUGGAGAUGCACGUGGUGAACUACAACCUAAAGUACGGCAGUCUUGGGGGGGCUAUAGACAAGAGUGACGGACUGGCUGUCCUUGGAUUCUGGGUGACGUACACAACGAAUGACAACGCCGCGUUCUCGCCACUUAUUAGUGCUAUUGGAAAUUUGACUUAUAAAGAUACCAACACUGCGGUCGCUGUAGAUAUCGGGGCAUUGCUUCCUAAACGAAUCAACAGGUUCUACCGGUACAGAGGCAGUCUGACCACGCCCCCCUGCUUUGAAAGUGUCACAUGGACCAUGUUUGAGGAAAAAAUAUUCCUGUCUCGACAGCAGCUGGCCAAGUUUAGGUCUGUAUCAGAAGGCGCAAUAGGUCAUUCGGAUCCUCUUGUUGACAACUACCGGCCAGUGAAGGCACUGAAUGGCAGAAAGGUUUUACGUAACUUCCGGUUAGAGGAGGAGAUAAACUCGGCAUCUCAUUUCUCAAGCAUCGGCAUGACAUUGACCAUCAUGAUCACCAUUCUACGUUCAUUCUUAUGAUCAAGUCAUGUGACAUGGUCACGUGAUUUCAGGACGGGAUAACUUUUCUCUUAUAUUCAACUAUUACACAAUAUAGUACAUAGACAUGGGUUUACAAUUCGUCAACGUAAAAGCCACAUGAAUAAGCGGAUUUCACUGAAAUUCCAAGCCAAGACAAUGGCAGAGAAUACCUAAUUACGUUUUCUAACAAAUUAAACAGAAUUGAUAGAUCUGUAACGCAUCAGGCAUACAUGUAGAUCCAAAGAAAUCCUAACCUCGUCUUAUUUUGAGAUAAAAUGAAUAAUGCUGACAGGAAGCUUCCUAAACUUACCGUGAUGACAUCCAAGCAAAACCGGAAGUGAAAAUAGAAACUUCGAAAGAGAAAAUAUUCCUGGUGAACACAUAACACAUUAAACACGGUUAUGAUGUCUCCAGUCAAAUCGUAUAAUCGGACAGAAAACGUUUGGUUAUCCAAGUUUGCAAUUCCGAGAUAAAUAUUGAUGCCUUUAAUUUGACAUACUGUACAGUAUCAAAAUUUCUCAUCAUAUUUAAGAAAACGGUAGAAGUCGGAAAUAUUGAAGCUUUUUACAAUUAGAACAGGUUUAUACGUUACACUGUCACCACAUGACGAGGUUACAUGUGCAUAUACAUGUGCACUGUCAAGUGAUUUUGCCAAAAUACCACUGCCCAAAGAUGUAUAUAUAAAAUUUACCUGUAUAUCUUUCUCGUAUUCCAUUCUUGCCAGCUAUCAUUUAAGGGUAAAUGAAUUAACAUUUUACUGAAUGUAAAAAAAAAGUAUUUUUGAGAUUUGUUGAUUAAUGAAUAAUCAUUAAUUGCCAGACCUAAUUUUGUUGUAUGUGUAUGUGCAAUGUAGAUCAUAAAGUGCUAAAAAAAUUGUGUAUACAUGUGUAAAGUAGUCGUGACGUAAGCAAUAUAUUCAUCGUAUAUUUUUAAUCAUUUUAGUCAUUCAAAAUGCACGAAAAUCUCGAAGUUAUCCUAGAUUCGAACUCGUGACAAACAUGAAAAUCUAGACCUGAGUUUUUAAGGCGUUAUGAAAUCAUCGACUCGGGUCCCUAAGACAUUAUGAAAUCCUCGACUCGGGUCCCUAAGACAUUAUGAAAUCAUCGACUCGGGUCCCUAAGACAUUAUGAAAUCAUCGACUCGGGUCCCUAAGACAUUAUGAAAUCAUCGACUCGGGUCCCUAAGACAUUAUGAAAUCAUCGACUCGGGUCCCUAAGACAUUAUGAAAUCAUCGACUCGGGUCCCUAAGACAUUAUGAAAUCCUCGACUUGGGUUCCUAAUACAUUAUGAAAUCCUCGA